CAAAAGACCUUGGUUAUCCAGAUUAGAAAAGAGCAGCAGAAGAAGAAGCAACAGUUGCUGUGACCAUGGAAUCUGUGCCAACUGGCCUCCCUCAUCAGCCUGGCGGUUAGCAGGAUUCCAGAAGGGCAAGGAGAAAGGUUGACGUCAAAGGAUGACAGCGGCACCAUUGUUGAUUUCACAGGUUGUUCAGCAGGACAUUGUCGCAACUUCAGUUUAACUGAGCUUAGAGUGUUUAAUCUCCACCUUUCUUUAUUCUUGAAAUUGAAAACCCAAAUUAGGUUUUGAUGUUUUGUGAGACACCACCUGAACUAGGAGCCAACAUGAAUAUAACGAAGGGUGGCUUGGUGCUGUUUUCAGCAAAUUCAAAUUCCUCUUGUAUGGAACUAUCAAAGAAAAUUGCCGAGAGGUUGGGUGUAGAGAUGGGUAAAGUUCAGGUUUACCAGGAGCCAAACAGAGAAACGAGAGUACAGAUUCAAGAAUCUGUAAGAGGAAAAGAUGUUUUUAUCAUCCAAACAAUUUCAAAGGAUGUGAAUACUACCAUCAUGGAACUCCUGAUCAUGGUCUAUGCUUGUAAAACCUCCUGUGCCAAAAGCAUUAUUGGUGUGCUUCCCUACUUCCCAUACAGCAAGCAGUGUAAGAUGAGAAAACGGGGCUCUAUUGUCUCCAAAUUGUUGGCUUCAAUGAUGUGCAAAGCUGGUCUGACUCACCUUAUCACCAUGGAUUUACAUCAGAAGGAAAUACAGGGUUUCUUCAACAUUCCUGUUGAUAAUCUAAGAGCUUCUCCCUUCCUACUGCAGUAUAUUCAAGAAGAGAUUCCAGAUUACAGGAAUGCAGUGAUUGUAGCCAAAUCACCGGCCUCGGCAAAGAGGGCCCAGUCCUUUGCUGAACGGCUGAGAUUAGGAAUUGCUGUGAUUCAUGGUGAAGCUCAGGAUGCCGAGUCUGACUUGGUGGACGGCAGACAUUCUCCACCUACCGUCAAAAAUAUCGCCGCUAUCCAUCCUAGUCUGGAGAUACCCAUGUUGAUUCCUAAAGAAAAGCCACCCAUUACAGUUGUUGGAGAUGUAGGCGGAAGAAUAGCCAUUAUUGUGGACGACAUCAUCGAUGACGUUGACAGCUUUCUGGCAGCAGCGGAGACGUUGAAGGAGAGGGGCGCCUAUAAGAUCUUUGUGAUGGCAACCCAUGGCCUUCUGUCUUCAGAUGCUCCCCGGUUAAUAGAAGAGUCUGCCAUCGAUGAGGUGGUGGUCACCAACACAAUCCCACACGAAAUUCAGAAGCUUCAGUGCCCCAAAAUCAAGACAGUGGAUAUCAGCAUGAUACUUUCCGAAGCCAUCCGCCGAAUUCACAAUGGGGAAUCCAUGUCGUACCUUUUCAGGAAUAUAGGCCUGGAUGACUGAGCUUUCUUCCAUUUCAAAGUUCCAAGGGCCAAACUGGAAAUGUACAUACAGAACAUGACUGUGAAGUGACCUACUGAAUUUGAACUAAUUUAUUGGAGCCAGUUUUGUUUUUUGGGUGAGGGAGGUGUCUUUUGUCUUCACCCCUUCCACUUGAUUUUCAACUACCGAUCAAGGUAGACCAAAUUUUUAAGCGUUCGUAUGAGUGUGAUUUUACGAUCGGUUAAGUUAUUUGGGUGGUGGUUUGGUUUUUUUAAAACACAUUUUUGAAAGACCCGUUUCCAAGCUCCUCAGGUUCAAAACAAAACAAAAAAACCAAAAAACAAAACAGAAAAAGACCUAGUUCUUUUAGUUUGAGCUCACUAUUCAAAACAAAUCCCACAAACACUUGAAGCCAGGAAUUUAGAUCAUAAAUGAAGUGUCCCAUUUGAGUCAUUAGAUUCAAGUGGUUUAAGUUAUGAAAUGAAGUAAUUGCUGUAUAUUUGCAUUUUAAAAGCCAAAACUGUUAAACUGUGAUAUACAGUGAAAUUUUGUAGGUGCUUUUAUAGAAGAGCAAAUGAAAAUAUGCAUCUGUAUUUAUUUUCUGCAACGAAAGAAGGAAUAAAAUAAUUUGUUAGGUUUUUUUUUAACUUAUCAGAGUUGUGCAGUUUUAUCUACUCUGAAGCAGCCCCAUUGAAAUGAGGGAAACUAUAACAUCUGAGUAUGAUUAAAUAUAUUUAGCCAUGUGCUCUUGUCCUUUAGCACAGUUUGCUCUUUGGAAGGAUAAGAAGCAGGAUACCUCAAAAUCUUGGCACUCAAAUGCAAGGGGGUAGUACUCUUGGUGGUUUAGGGUCAUUUUUGCAAAAUGCAACAGAUUAAAUAGAAAUCUUUAUGCACCUUUUGCCUGAACCUCCUAACACUUUGAAUACCAAAGGAAACAGGAAAUAAAAUGUUAACAUUUUGUGCCUGCUUGUUUCUGGGAGCAGGGGCUUCCUAGUUUUGGAAAACACAGAGUAGAAAAGCGUGGCCGGCUAACUUUUGUAGAUCCUGAGCCAGCCGAGGACCCCAGUGGAAAACAGAAUCUGGAAAGGAGAGGAAUGCCAUGGGUUUGUGUGGCCAUGAGCCAGGCUUUGGAUCUGCACCAAAGUUUAAUGUAUUUGAAGUCUUGCCGUACUCCGAUAGUUAACUCAGAGAGUGGUCAAGCUUUUUUUUUUUUUAAAGCCUUCAUCAAGAUUUCUGUUUAGUCUCAGGAUCAUCGUAAUUAGAAAAAUACGGAAGAAAUGUAAUGGAAGCAUACAAAAUUCUGAGGUGCUCUGGAGAAAUGAGUGCAGAAAUACGCUUUCGGAACAAUCUCUUAGCUAUUUUUAUACGUUCUGAUUUCUCUGGCAGGGUAUCGAUCGUUUAGUGUUGCUGCCGUAUUUGCUGAGAGUGAUUCAACUGCACUGUCGUUACCAGUGGAAAAUGGAUUCCAAAACUUGCUGUUUCACUCUGUGCUGAGUACCUGUUUUCACAAUGACAACUGUGACGAUUUUGUGUGAAUACCACUUGACUGAUAUCUUACUCUCCAGUGCUCCGUGAAGAACUUGUCUCUGUGCUUUUCCUUUGCCCUCUAAAACAACUGUCACACUUCAUUUCUUUUCUGUUGUGUGUGCGUGUGUGUAUACAACAUAUCUGUCAAGCCUUGUAGGACUGAAAGUGUACAUUCCUUCUAUUGUGUAUUUUGUGCAUCGAUGAUGAGUCUCCUUAGAAAAAAUAUGUAUUUCAGUCUCAUUCUACAAAAAAAUUUACUCUUCUUGGUUGUGAUUUUUAACUGAGGCUCUGCAUCUUCAGUCAUUUUUUUAAUGAGAUGCUCUUCAAGACCAAAACAGAAAUAAAUGAAAUAAGGUGUUUACUGGG